AGCAAGGGUCAAGGACACGAAACACUACAGCAGCACAUGGCGAGAUUAUGUUUUAUACUGAGCUCCAAUCAUCUUCAGUUCAACAUCGCGCACUCACACACUCAAUCCCCCCCACCCCUCUCUCUCCAACCACUCACAGAGAGGCAGACCUAGUUGACAGCCUCAACACAGGCAGACAAAUAGAGAGAGUGUGUGAGCACGAGUCAGGAAGGAGCGCGAACGAAGGAGCACCAAAGACCACGCGUCCAAAUAAAAGAGAAAAACGGUUGCAGAGGAGAGGAGGGAAAAUUCAAAGUCAAAGCCCAGUGCAUGGUCAAUGAGAUCAAUUUAACUUGCAGUCCUGCGUUUGUUUUCUCAAGGGAUACCAUCAGGCUUCAGUGAAUUGCCAGUGGAGUGAACAAGCGAGCAGCCAUCCAAGUUGUUCUACCUUUGCCAUCUGUGGCUUGGCUCCUUGUCGAACGGUCAGACUGUCAGAGCUGCAAAAGACCCGGUGCUGCCUGCAGAGAUGGACGCAGAUGCCAAGGACAAGGAGAGGAAAACCAAGAUCCAGUUCUCAGUCCCGUCCGCUGUGCCCCUUCAGCUGGACCCGCGACAGGUGGAGAUGAUUCGAAGGCGGAGACCAACACCCGCUACGCUAUUCCGUUUGACAGACCAACCGUCUCCCGAGGAGGAAAUCGACAAUCACCAGUGGGUCAUUGGGGAAAAUGGCGUCCUCACCAAGAACAUCAAUGCGCAUGUGUACCAGCCUCCAUCACUCAAAGCUGUACAGAGGAUGGCUCAAGCCCGCAUGAAGUCUCUGGGAACCUGUGGCCCUGAAGAGACAGAUGACUUCUCUGGGGAGGAAAGCGUGGACUGUGAGGAGAGCCUGGAUAUAUCCCCUGUCUCCACCACUGGGUCAAGGGUCAAUUCAGAAGGAAGAAUUGCCCACUUUCUUCACCUGAGAGUCCCACACGGAGAGGAGGAAGAGGAGCUGGAUGAUGAGGAGAAGAGGGGAAAAGGUGGACCAAGGAGGACAAAGAAGAAGGGAGAAUAACAGAGCGCUGUGUGUUACAAAGAGGAGAUUCAGAUUCUGUGGCAAAAGAUGAUUGACGAUCCAGACUGAUGUUUUCUAAUUAUUAUAUAAAGAGUGUGGAGAAAAUAUCUAAAUACGUGUGUGUGCAUGCGUGUGUGUGUUUGUGCAGUUGUGUGUGUGUGUGCUUGCUUGCAUUUGUGUGUGUGUGUGUGUGUCAGUGGAGGUUCCUCAGAGGAGGAAGGGGAGGACCAUCCUCCUCAGUGAAUUUCAUAAAAUUGUAAAUUGUAAAACAUUCAAAAAGUUAGUAUUUUUAGAUAAAACAAUACUAAAUACAAUCACGUCACCGAACAAUUGAUUAAAACACACUAUUUUGCCAAGAAGGUCUCCAGUAGCCUCAACAGCACUGUGUAGGUUAGCACCAUGGUGUAGCCGGAGGACAGCUAGCUUCAGUCCUCCUCUAGGUCCUGACUUCAAUACAAAACCCAGGAGGCACAAGGUUCUCAACCCACCCAUAGACUUACACAGUAAUUAUGACAACUUCCGGAGGACAUCCUCCAGCCUAUCAGAUUUCUUGCAGAAUGAACUGACAUGUUGUCCACCCAAUAAAAUAAUCAGAUAAGUAAUCUAGUACUGAAAUCAUAAGCUACAGCUCGCUAGCACUGCAGUGCAUAAACUGUGGUGAGUAGUUGACUCAAAGAGAGAGAAAAGACAAUAGUUGAACAGGCAUGAAAACAUGUAUUUCUUUCAAAAUGAAGGAGAAGCAAAAGAGAAAUAGAGAGAGAUUUUGUCAUUUUUUGUUCACUUUCAAUUUCACUUAGUUAGCAAAUGCAGCUAGCUAAUUUAGCCUACUGAAACACACUGUUCAAACAGAGGGAUGCUAUGUUAGCCAGCUGGCUAUGACUAUCCAAUACAAGACUGGAACUCUUCCAAGUCAAGGUAAGCUUUUGGUAUUACUCAUUUAUUGCCACCAGGGCCCUGUACACUAACGUUACUGUGUGAUUGUCGCGGGUUUACUAAUGGGUUGGUUCUAUUAACUAUGACUAUGACUAUGAUGCUACUUUAGCUAAUAUGGUGACAACGAUGUAGGCUGUGUGUAGCGGUUCAGCUUGGAAAGGUUUUUUACUGUUGUGCAUUGAAGUCCAUAGGCGAAGGGACAAGAUUAGAGGAGGAGAGCGCGGACUAUAAUGCGGCUGCUAUGAAAGUGAACUGUGUUUACGCGUGUAAUUCGUUCUGCCGAUUCUGUUGAAAUAUGCUUAUUAAACGGAAGCAAACGGAAAAAAACGGGGAUAGACAUACUUGAAUUUGUCCAAUAGAAACUCUCGUUUGCAACUGUUGGACUAAUGAUUACACCCUAUAUCAGCUGGUAUGCUGAUAUAGGUGGUAUUGUGCAAGGUGGCAUUGAUGUCGCUGUCUGUUGCCUCAAAUUUGUCUCUCAACCUGUGUGCAGCAACGUCAUGAUGGGUAUAGGGAAAAGUAUUCUAGUAUCACGUAGUGGCCUAAACCUAUUGCUGUUACAUUGAUCUAGGUGAAUGGAAUAUGAACGAGAGUCAUCCAAUAUGCUGUGAUAUAAAUAAAUCGUCCUCCCUCGUCUUAAACGGUACUGACCGCCACUGGUGUGUGUGUGUGUGUAUGUAUGCCUAUCUUUGUGCGUCUGUUUGUAUGCAUGUGAGAAAGAGAGAGACACAGUGAGAGAGAAAUAAAACGAGAGAGAGAAAAAGAGAGAGUUCUAAAGUGUUCAAACUGAAUGGUAGUGUUCCAGACAGCACUUCCUUAUGAAUUCCAGAUUGCAGACAUCACUGUCUGAGGAACAGUCUUCACUGUCGGAGGAACAGUCUUGGUGGCUGUGCAGCCACAGAGGGGAGACAAUGCUUAUCAUUAUCAUGCUUAGGUCCAUGCUUUUUGUUGUGGAAAUGAAGGAACUGUCAUUUGACCUGUAUUCCCAGCAUUAUCCUCUAGUUGUUGCAGGCAUAAAAUCCUAGGAAAUGUUCUGUAAUUGACACAAGCUGUCUCGAAUCAAUCAACCAACCAGUCAAUGUCUGGUUGUGCAUGUGUGUUUGGCAGGGGAUGGCCUGAGCCAGGGGAGGCGUGGCUCUGCGAAUCUCAAUCACACAAAACCUAUUAUUUGUCAGGGAAUACUGUUUGUAGAUCAGUAAUGCUACACCUCACUUUGCUUAAGCUGAUCCUCUCAAAUGGACUCGGAAGUUGUAGCUAAAAAUUGGUCAGUUAAGGGAAGUAGUCAAUUUAACCAAUCAUAGAAGUAUAUUGGGGCCAAUUUUAGGGGUGGCCCAGUCCGGGACUUGAACCCGGGUCCAGCAAUUGUUAAGCCAACAAUUCAACAGUUAAGGUGUUGGCUUGACAGUCGCUGAACACAGGUUUGAAUCCGGGGCAGGGUUACGCCCAGAAUUCACAAUUCAUUUCAAUUUCACUCAUUCAUUUACUCCACCAAUAAGCACGGGAUUGAGCUGCUUGUUAUGGAACAGGUAAACUAGUUGUUUACAUGUUUGAUUGUUAAGUGCAGGCAUGAGAAGUGACUGAUAUUUCAUGGGUGGGGAGAGGGAGCGAGAGAAAAGGGUGGACAUGGAUGGGGUUUUGCUUGAAGUACUGAACAUCAUGACGUGAAUAGGAUUGUGUUUAGUCUAUUACAGGCAUCAUCACUUCACUGACUUACGAAUUCUACACUAGACAUUAGGAAUACACUCUAUUUGGAACAAAAAAUAAUAACCGGUUCUCAAGAGAUGAAAGUAUCGGUUCUGUUGCAGAACACUGGAGAUCACUCUUGUUUGUUAAAGUGGUGAGGUUAAUCAUUUGGCUCACAAUUAAAGGUUUUUAUUUACAUUUACUAACACCAAUGACACUUGGAAUUUAGACACACCAAAUGAUCAAUGAAAUCUUCAAAUGUAUGACAUACUAAAAGGGUGUGAUUAACUAAUAAUUUUAUUUAAUAUCGACCCCUCCCCCAAUAACAGUUUGCCACCGGAGGGAAUGCUCAAGGUUCUUGUAUAUCUUUGUAAUGAGUGAUAUUCAAGGCAGUAACACCAAUGAAAUAAAACUUAGGGACACAUAUUAUAUUGGUUUUAAUAUCAUUCCUAUAAAAGUAUUCUAAUAGCAUUCUUUGUUUUUAUUGAUUUAUACAAUAUUUAAAUAACUUUGUUUACUUUCUAGCAUUUAAAAUAAUUGAUAGAUAUCUCUAAAUCCCCAAAACAUGUCACUACUACUCUACUCAUCGCUACUGGGACAAGCCAAUUUGCUUGCCCUAACGACUUUAAACAAUGCAUACAGGGCAUUCGGGAAAGCAUUCAGACCCCUUGACUUUUUCCACAUUUUGUUACAUUACAGCCUUAUUCUAAAAUGGAUUAAAUCGUUUUUUUCCCCUCACCAAUCUAAACACAAUACCCCAUAAUGACAAAGCAAAAACUGUUUUAUAGGAAUUUUUGCAAAUGUAUUAUAAAUAAAAAACUGAAAUAUGACAUUUACAUAAGUAUUCGAACCCUUUACUCAGUACUUUUUUGAAGCACCUUUGGCAGUGAUUACAGCCUCGAGUCGGCUUGGGUACAAGCUUGGCACACCUGUAUUUGUGGAUUUUCUCCCAUUAUUCUCUGCAGAUCCUCUCAAGCUCUGUCAGGUUGGAUGGGGAGCGUCACAGCACAGCUAUUUUCAGGUUUCUCCAGAGAUGAACGAUCGGGGCUCUGGCUGGGCCACUCAAGAACAUUCAGAGACUUGUCCAGAAGCCACUCCUGCAUUGUCUUGGCUGUGUGCUUAGGGUCGGUGUCCUGUUGGAAGGAUAACCGUUGCCAAAGUCUGAGGUUCUGAGUACUCUGGAGCAGGUUUUCAUCAAGGAUCUCUCUCUGUACUUUGCUCCGUUUAUCUUUCCCUCGAUCCUGACUAGUCUCCCAGUCCCGGCCGCUGAAAAACAUCCCCACAGCAUGAUGCCAUCACCAUGCUUCAUCGUACGGAUGGUGCAGGUUUCCUCCAGACAUGACGCUUGGCAUUCAGACCUAAGAGUUCAAUCUUGUUUCAUCAGAGCAGAGAAUCUUGCUACUCAUGGUCUGAGAGUUCUUUAGGUGCCUUUUGGCCACUCCAAGCGGGCUGUCAUCGGCUUUUUACUGAGGAGUGGCUUCCGUCUGGCCACUCUACCAUAAAGGCCUGAUUGGUGGAGUGCUGUAGAGAUGGUUGUCCGUCUGGAUGGUUCUCCCAUCUCCACGGAGGAACUCUGGAGCUCUGUCAGAGUGACCACUGGGUUCUUGGUCACCUCCCUGACCAAGACCUUCCUCCCCUGAUUACUCAGUUUGGCAGAGCGGCCAGCUCUCGGAAGGGCCUUGGUGGUUCCAAACUUCUUUCAUUUAAGAAUGAUGGAGUCCAGCUUCCUAGGUGGUGCAGUGGUUAAUGGCGCUGUACUGCAAUGCCAGCUGUGCCACCAGAGACCCUGGGUUUGCGCCCAGGCUCUGUCGUGACCGGGAGGUCUGUGGGGCGAUGCACAAUUGGCCUAGCGUCGUCCGGUUUAGGGAGGGCUUGGAAGGUGGGGAUAUCCUUGUCUCAUCGUGCACCAGUGACUCCUGUGGUGGGCCAUGUGCAUUGGACACUAACCAAGGUUGCCAGGUGCACGGUGUUUCCUCUGACACAUUGGUGCGGCUGGCUUCCGGGUUGGAUGCGCGCUGUGUUAAGAAGCAGUGCGGCUUGGUUGGGUUGUGUAUCGGAGGACGCAUGACCUUCAACCUUCAUCUCUCCUGAGCCCGUACGGGAGUUGUAGCGAUGAGAUAACAUAGUAGCUACUAAAAAAACAAUUGGAUACCAUGAAAUUGGGGAGAAAAAGGGCAAAAAAAGAAUGAUGGAGGCCAAUGUGUUCUUAGUGAUCUUCAAUACUGCAAACAUAUUUUGGUACCCUUCCCCAGAUCUGUUUUGCACUGACAUGCACUGUCAAAUGUGGGACCUUAUAUUGACAAGUGUGUGCUUUUCCAAAUCAUGUCCAAUCAAUUGAAUUUACCACAG